ACAGACUCCUCCUUGGGCAACACAACUCCUGAGAUCCCUCCCCCCAGCUGGAUGAGUCGCUCAUGUUUUUCCUGUCUGCAUUAGUUUCUUCUCAACCUGAUGACUGCAGCUGUUGGCAUUGUGUGGCGUGGGGCUCUGUGAUCUUUAAAUGUGUAUGGUUAUAUUUGCUCCGAUUUUUGCCAUUUGUGCAUUUGCAACAUGUGGAGGGUACUAUGGUCAUCUCCAGGUUAAAGUGGACUGUGCAGACAGGAGGCAGGGCAACCUCAGCAUCAACAUCGACUUUGGUUAUCCUUUCAGAUUACAGCAAGUGCACUUCAAGGCUCCUUUGUGUGAGACAAGGAGGGAAGAGGUUGUUUUCCUGGACGGUGACUUCUCCACUGCCGCUCAGUUUUUUGUGACGGUUGGAGUCUUUGCUUUUCUUUACUCACUGCUGGCAACGGUUGUCUACGUCUUUUACCAGAACAAGUACCGGAAGAACAACAGAGGGCCUCUUGUGGAUUUUGUUGUUACUGUCAUCUUUUCCCUCGUGUGGCUGGUCAGCAGUUGUUGUUGGGCAAAAGCUCUCUCCGAAAUCAAGACGGCUACAAACCCAACACAAGUGCUUCUUCUCAUCGCUGCCUGUAGAGCUCGGGAAAACAGAUGUGCAGCCACACAGGAGCCUCUCUGGUCUCGUCUUCAUACGUCAGCUGUUUUUGGUUUUGUUAAUCUUGUCCUCUGGUCUGGGAAUAUUUGGUUUGUCUUCAAAGAGACAGGUUGGUACAAGACUGGUCAGAGAUACCCGACUAGGAGCGCUUCUGGGAAACGUUCGAGUGAAAUGCGACAACGACUUUACAGCGAGAGCAGCUUCGACCAGCCAGAGGAAAGUUUUGGUCCCUAUAGAGGAGACAGUUUCAAUCAGCCAAGCGGGGAUUUCAGUAAACAGGUCCAGAGACAAGCCAGUAUUAAUCAGUCGCAAGUGAGAUUUAGCUUACCUCAAACAUAUCUUGGAAAAAAUGGUCUUAAUGAAAGAGAGAAUAACGUGGUAACUCAAGGACCCACGAUUUUUGUCAAUGAGAUGUAACUAGGUGUCAAAAUGUCCACAUCAUGUAUAUAGUCCACUUAAGUAUUGUACGUUCAAAAUGGUAAACCACAGAACACAAUUAAAACUAUUUAAACAACAACACAACACUACACUGAAAAAAAUGUAAGGCAGUUUGGUCACAGCAAUCUUCCAAAAUCAUCUGCAGGUUUCUGAGAUGAGAACAGUUCUAUUGCCUAUCAUUGAUUUAAAAAUUUGAACAGGCUCACAUUCAAAAUAGCACAUUCAUUAAAUAGGAGAGCGUAGUAAAUUAGAUCAUAUCACUUGUAUCAAUAAUUGCCUUGUGGUGGAACCGCAAAGAUUUACGUUUAACAUUUACAAUAUCUACAUAGAAACAUUUAAACAGGUUACUUAUACGGCAUAGCUGUUUGCUAACAUAUUACAGUAUAAACUAUUGGCUGUUUUUAUUUGACUGUAUUUUGGAGGCAUACAAAUUUGGAAUAUUUGAACAUCUGUUGCAUUUGUGAUAAACAAGUUUUUAAAUUGACCUGUAAUGUGAAUACUGAAACACUCAAGGUUUAUUCUUUUGAGCUGUCGUACUGAGUGAAGUAAAUCAUGUGAAAGUUAAAGAAUCAGGGAAGAAAAAUGAACCUGUGUGUGUGUUUUUUUUGACAGAUGUUCCAUUAUAGUUAACUCGUUUUGUGAUUAACAUUGUAUUUCACGAUAUUCUUAUUACUAUACAGUUUAAGUGUAUUUGAUUCUUUUUUACUAGUUAUCAAUAAUCUUGUGAUUAUUUGUGUCAACUGUGUCAACUUCUGCUUCAAAGCAUAACUCAUAGUAUAUAUAUAUAUACUAUGUUACUAUGGUACUAGCCAUGAGGAAAUUUAUGAAGAACUGAAAAAAAAUGUCAGAUCCUAUCACCAGAUGUCAAAGAUCUAUAUUGUUCGAUAUGUUAAACUGGCCUUUUUUGCUCCAUUUCUUUCAGCUUCAGUGGUUUGUGAUGUCUGUGCCAUUUUAAGUGAUCAUAAGUUCAAAUACAUUUUUUCAAAAUAAUCUUUACGAAAAGCUUAUGGUGAUUCAUGUAGCGUUUUUUAUUCUUUAUACCUCUUUUAAAAUCAGAAGAAACUGAGGCUAAAUUCAUCACUAUACCAAGGCACUGUAUGGGUUUAAAAAGCCUACAUUUCAGUCAGACCCUCGACAGUAUGAACAAAACAAACAAGUGGCUGAAUACAAAUGAGUGUGUUCACCUGGUAUGUUUCGUUUGGUUUUGUUUUCUUCUCACAGAUAGAUGUACGUCUCUUUACGUUGUCGAAAAAAAGUCUGGGAAGACUAUUGAAUCUUGUGGAGAUACCAACAUAUGUUAAAGGAAUUUUCUGUUUGUGUAUCAAGAUUAUCUCAACUGCAGACAAAGGACUGAUACCUAAUAAUAUCCCUUUCAUCCUGUUAAGGACGAUUAAAGUAAUACCUAGCGAAGCGUAAAACCACUUACAUGCUGACAAUCACAAACGGCUGUUUGAAAUCUAUCACUGAGGUCCAUCUGUCACUUUUGCUACCAGAAAAAGACUUGACUUGCAACAAGGGCUACAACAAGGGGUCAAUUGAUCAAUAAGUCUUCUUAUCCUUCAAGUAACUGUUACCAAUAUCUUUGACCCUUGUGGAGUCUAGUUUGCUGACAUAUCCUUUGAUUUCAUUGCCUCGCUGCAAAGUUUCCCAGUUGAGUUUCUAAAAUAUUUCACCCAAAAAGAUUUCAGACAAUGGAAAUGGUUUACAUUAACGUUGACACCAAACCUGACAAAUCAGUGAAGACAAAAUGGCAUAAGAAGUAGCAUGGACACAACAUGUCGGUCUUCAUGUGCCUGAAUCAUACCUUUUGAAGUCAGAGUCAUAUCUUGAUCAGCACUUUAAAAAAGGGCUAAUACUUCAGCAUAGAUUUGAAAACAGAUUGACUUGAAAAAGAUACUUCCUCCUAAAGUAAAGAUUGCAUUUGUUUAAUGGUGUCCUGUUUUUUUGCUGUCCCUACAAGAUGCAUGUAGAAAAUAUGAGUCAUACGAGCAUUUCCAUAUGAGUACAUGUCCUUCCCAAGUCUUGUUUAAGGUGCCACUAAGUUCUCACAAGGAGGAAGGAGGGGCUGGUAGAUGGAGCAGUAAAGCUGUCACAGCCUUCAACCAGGGGCCUUUGUGUAAUGUGACAUUUAGACCACAUGUUCUGCUAUCUACUAAGUAUGGAAAUAAAUUAUGAAUGCAUGUUUGUGA